CGUAUAUCAAUAGCGUCGGGACGCGUCGGAAAAGUGUCGUCUAUCUUCUACCGCGUACUUGUUGCCGCUAAGUCGUAUAAAAAAGUUUUUGAUGCGAUCCGGACGAUUGAAAGUUGACCGAAUUAAAUCCCAUAGCGAUGUCGACGGGCGUCGCGGCGUUUAGCGGAAAACACGGUUACGAUAUGAAAUUCGGGAGGAAAUGAGAAAAUGGAACUGAACGAAAUGGAAUCGAUAGCGGCGUUCGAACAGUACGAUCAGGCCAGUUCGACCUGGUCGUUUACGGACAACUUUACGACAGAGGACUAUCAGUUCCUAGAAUCCAGCACUUCCCAGCAGUUCGAAGAUCCGGAUUCCGGAUCCGAAUCGUGGGACAGCGUCACCUUCAUAUGGGUCCAAAUCGCCUGGACCGCGGUCUUCAGCGUAAUGAUCGUCACCGCCACCGUAGGAAACUGUAUCGUCAUCUGGAUCGUGAUUGCCCACAGGAGGAUGAGGACCGUCACCAACUAUUUCCUCGUCAACCUCAGCAUCGCCGAUUUGAUGUUAAUCACCCUCAACUGCACCUUCAACUUCACCUACAUGAUUCAAAGGCAUUGGCCGUUCGGAUCGUGGUAUUGCACCGUCAGCAACUUCAUUGCCAACGUGACAGUCGCUGCUAGUGUGUUCACCCUCACCGCGAUUUCCUGCGACAGAUACCUCGCUAUAGUUUACCCGCUGCAUCCCCGGAUGUCGAAGGUGUCAUCGCUCGUGGCGAUCACUUUUAUCUGGGCUACGAGCAUGGUGUUUGCCCUUCCGUGUCUGCUGUACUCUACCAUCAUAACGAACGGAUACAAAGGCGAGAACAGAACUGGCUGCAUUAUGAUCUGGCCUGACCAAAAGCUGGUCGGCUCCCAGUAUGAUUUAUGGUAUCAGAUGUUCUUCUUGAUCGUAACCUACUUGGUGCCGAUGACUCUAAUGUCACUGUGCUAUACGAUUAUGGGCAAAGUCCUGUGGGGCUCGAAGUCCAUCGGCGAAAGGACGCAGAGGCAGAUAAAUUCCAUUCGAUCGAAGAGAAAGGUGGUGAAAAUGUUCUUCCUGGUCGUGAUGAUAUUCGGCCUGUGCUGGCUACCAUACCACGCCUACUUCAUCUACGUCUACUUCGACACGGAGGUGAUAUUCGGCAAGUACACGCAACACGUGUACUUGAGUUUCUAUUGGUUCGCGAUGUCCAACGCAAUGGUCAACCCCCUGAUCUACUACUGGAUGAACACUAGGUUCCGGCAGUACUUCCAGACUGCCGUGUACUGCUCCAAGUUGCGGCGUAUUUUGGGCGGCAAGAAACGAAAACUCAACGUGUCACGGGUGGAAUCGCACAACUCUUAUUCCAAAUCGCGCGACGGUAGCAGCGUCAGGGUUCGUAACAACAAGCGUCAGGACAACAUCAACCACAACUUGUCGGAAGUGAACGCGGUCAGGGAAUUGGACCCGCGGAGCAGCACCAAGAUCACCAAGACAUCGAUCAAAAGGGACACCCAAAAGAUCACCACCAACGUAUAAAAAUCAACGGGACACUAUACACUUUUGUAAAUUUCCAAGGGAUUUGUAAAAUAUUUUUUUAAUUCGCCAAGACUGCUGAACGUACUGUACAUAUCGGGUGCUUAAAGUAAAUGUUAUUAAAUGUGAGACCAGGCUGCUCACAUUGAUAAUGAUUACCGAUCUAGGAUUACAAAAAUCAUAGUGUUUACGUAACGUAAUUGUGUUCUUUACAAUUAAAUAUACGUAUAAAAAAAGGUUUAAGGCAACUAGGAUAUACAGAAAGUAUACAGAGUGUCUGUGUAGUUAAAAAAAGGAUACUUUUAAAGCUGUGAUAAAAAGUAUAAUGCAAUUAUACAAGAUACCAACAAGGUAGCUCAGAAAAUAUAAUUAAAAGGCGGAAACUUAAAUGGAAAACCUUAAAAGCGGUUAAGAAUUAUCUUAUCCUCAUUAACCCAUAUUAUCCCAACCAUUUCAAAAAAUUUAAAAAAAAAUGCUUUUUUGCUCUGAAAUUAUUUAUUUUGUUGCACUUAAGAAUGCAUUACAUGUGUCAAAAAAAAAAUUCGAAACAUACAAAAAAAUACUGGUGCGGAAACGAACCACUAGGAAAAAACAUUGAAUAAUGUUGUGGGGCACAUAAGAUGUAACAUAUAAUCUAUACAUAAAUAUACAAAAGAAAGUUUAAUUUAAAUUGUGUGGCUGUGGCAGAUUCUACAUCUCCUUCGGGCUUUAUUAGCACGAACAAUCAUGAGGUGACCUUGACGAAGUGAAGGUUGAUGAUUGUCAUGAACGUGAUGAAAAAGGAAGCUAAAAAGCUUUAUCCAAAACACAAAGAAAUAAUAUGGCCACCUAUCAACAUAGAUCUCAUAGAAGUAGUAUUAUGGACUCUAGAUGAACUCAGAGACGCAGCAGGCUAAGAUGAGCUAAGAAAACAAGAUGGCACGAAAUAUUGAAGUAAUACAGGACAGGUGGUUCCGACGUUUCCUGCAAGGAGGGAGACUGUGAGGCGGUUUUUUACUAGGUAAAAAAUGUCGCCUUACUUUUUGAACACACCUCGUAUAAUUUAAUUAAUUCAUACCAGAACUCAUAAAGAAGUUUAGGUUCAAAAAGAAUUUCAUUUCUUGAAAACAGCCUCGUUGCUAGACCACGUUUUACUGAAUAAGAAGUAAAUAAUGUGGUAGUAAAUUAAAGAAAUUAAUGGCAAUCAAGAUACUUGACCGAGACAAAGAAAGAUAAAAAGAAAAAUAAAAAAAGAAAUAUGCUUCCAUAACAUAUAAGUUUUUGGCAUUUGUUUUGAAACACCUUGCAAAUGGUUCAGAUUAAAUAAAAUCCUUUAUCAGAAUUCUGAACGCUCAAAGUCAUAUCUGCAUUUCGAAACUCCCUGUUUAGUUCUUACGGUUGUAAUCCUACAUAGGUAAGCGUUAUCACUGUUCGCCCUCUCUCGGAAUUCGAAGUUGUAUUUGUGACGUCAGUAACCGAUCAAAACGAUGUACGCAUGUCUCUUGCAUUUUUGACAUUACUCGAUUCGUCGAAAUAUAUUUUUGUGUACAGA